AGGUAAAUGCAUCGUGUCUAUAAAACAGUUGACGCUACAUGUGUAUGUCUCAUUUAUCAUCUAAACGGAUAGUCAGCAAUAUGCCUUCGUACAAACUUACAUAUUUCGAUGCCAAGGGAAGCGCCGAAUUGACCCGACUGGCGUUAGCUGCUGCGGGAGCUGACUUCGAGGAUGACCGAUUGAGCCGAGAAGAAUGGGCGGCACUGAAACCAGAAACUCCACAGGGAAAACUCCCAAUUUUCAAGGUUGAUGAAAAGGUCAUUCCUCAAAGCCGUGCAAUGCUACGGUACGUAGCCCGACAACACGGUCUCUACGGUAAAGACAUUGAAGAACAAACCGAUGUCGAUGUGGUCAUUGAAACCGUUCAAGAUCUGAAUGACCAAAUAUUUAGAUCAUUCUUUGAAAGCGACGAAAAGAAAAAGGCCGAGCUUCACAAGGAAUUGCUGGAUAAGACAGUGCCAACGUACUUUACAAUCUUCGAGAAACUUCUAGGGAAAAAAGAUUGGAUGGUUGGAUCAAAGCUUUCUAUUGCUGAUCUGGCAGUGAUGAAUGUGUUUGAUUACAUGGAUCCGCUGUAUGAGAAGGUAAAUGGGCAAAGUAUCUAUGCUAAAAAUCCUGUAAUGAAGACUCAUGCAGAUCGAGUGAAAGCCAUUCAAAACAUCAAGGAAUGGCUGGAGGAACGUCCUAAAACUGAGUUUUGAAGUGAAGUUAUCAUGACUUUGUGUUUUACCCUUCUUGAGUGAUGAUAUUCUGCUAGAUACUUACCCUUUAGGUGAUUAUCAAUUAUAAAUAUGAUCUCCAUUUAAUAAAAAUGUAGAAACAGUU